GAUGCCGCGUGGCAGGCGGCGUGCGGUGGGUGGGGGGCGGCUGGCGCUGGGUGACUCGGCCAGGGCUGGGUUCGGGCUCCAGCGAGUGGGUGGUGCUGCCAGGCUGCGGAGGGCGCGCGUUCGUCCCCCGGCACCGGGCGGUGGGGUGCUAGGACGGGAGGGUCUUGCCCCCGGAGGGGCCUCCGGGCGCCGGUCCAUCACCAGCGGCGGCUCCGGGACCCCAUCUAUAGGCCGGCGCUCUCCUCCGGUCUCCCGGUGUCUGGGACGCGGGAGCAGAUCGGGGACACUCUUACAGCAGCUGCUUCGGGCAGAGCAAGUGCCAGCGCUGAGCGUGUGGGCGCGCCCGCGACACCAUGAGCGUGGGCUUCAUCGGGGCUGGCCAGCUGGCUUUUGCCCUGGCCAAGGGCUUCACAGCAGCAGGUGUCCUGGCUGCCCACAAGAUAAUGGCCAGUUCUCCAGACAUGGACCUAGCCACGGUUUCGGCACUCAGGAAAAUGGGGGUGAACCUGACACCCCACAACAAGGAGACUGUGCAGCACAGUGACGUGCUCUUCCUGGCGGUGAAGCCCCACAUCAUCCCCUUCAUCCUGGACGAGAUCGGUGCCGACAUCGAGGACCGGCACAUCCUGGUGUCCUGUGCGGCCGGCGUCACCAUCAGCUCCAUUGAGAAGAAGCUGACAGCGUUCCAGCCAGCCCCCAAAAUCAUCCGCUGCAUGACUAACACGCCGGUCGUGGUUCGGGAGGGGGCCACCGUGUACGCCAUGGGCACCCACGCCCAAGUGGAUGAUGGCAGGCUGGUGGAGCAGCUCAUGGGGAGCGUGGGGUUCUGCACGGAGGUGGAAGAGGACCUGAUUGACGCCGUCACGGGCCUCAGUGGCAGCGGCCCAGCCUACGCGUUCACUGCCCUCGAUGCCCUGGCUGACGGGGGCGUGAAGAUGGGGCUUCCCAGACGCCUGGCAGUCCGCCUCGGGGCCCAAGCCCUGCUGGGGGCUGCCAAGAUGCUGCUGGAGUCAGAACAGCACCCAGGCCAGCUCAAGGACAACGUCUGCUCUCCUGGAGGGGCCACCAUCCACGCCUUGCACGUGCUGGAGAGUGGGGGCUUCCGCUCUCUGCUCAUUAACGCUGUGGAAGCCUCCUGCGUCCGGACAUGGGAACUGCAGUCCAUGGCUGACCGGGAGACGGUCUCACCAGCUGCCAUCAAGAAGACUGUCCUGAACAAGGUGAAGCUGGACGCCCCUGCUUCGGGCCACUCCAAGCUGCUCCCCCGCAGCGGGGCCCCAGUGGGCAAGAAGAGCUGAGAUGUCCCACUUGCGGAUACACCAGGGUUCCCUCCACCUUCUCUCUCCUGGGCUUGGAGGUGUCUCUAGUGGGUGUCUCUAGGCCCAAGCCACACAGGGUGUUGUGUCCUUGUGAUGGUCCACUGCCCCUGGCUCUGGCCUACUUUGGUCAGCCAGACUCCUAGCCAAGGAGGGGGCACGUCACUUCCCAGUGGGAAUCUCCCUGAGUGUCUCCUGGCCCAUGAGAGGGACGGACCUUCUGACUUCAGUCUCCCUCUUCUUCUCUCCCCAAACCAAGUCAGGACCACCUACCUCCUGGGGGCUCAGAAGGUGUUUCACAUCCCGGGGUCAGCUGGCUUGGGGUUUGGACUCUUCCUGAGCACAAAGGUUCCUGACCUCCCCUCCCGGAAACCCUGGCCAAGGAAGGAGCCCUGCCCCAUGCCCACCACCUCCCCACCCUCCACUCAUGGGAGUGACUUCCUCUGGGUGGGAAGGGCCAGAGGGUCCUGUGCACCCUGACUGGAGUAGAGGGGACUGUGGCUCCCCUUGGCCAACUGCCCACAAGCCCUUACUUACCCCAUUGGACGUUUGAGAAACGGCUCCCCAUGCAGUUGGACUUCCAAGGUCACCAGGAUACUGGGGCCACUGUCUCCUAUUCCUGAUUUGACCCACGGAUGCUGUCGCUUGUCUUCCUGACCUUUUAGGUUAAAUAAAUUUCUCCCCAGUCCA